ACACACACACACACACACCAAAACCAAAGACAUGCAGAAGGUGGAUUGGCUGUUCUCCAUUACCGUUAGGUGUCAGUAAGUGUUAGGUUGGUGCUGUGUGCUGCAGGACCCGAGACUAGAAUAAAGCAGGUAGUGAAAGAUGAGUGGAGACUCUAAUGCGGUUACAGGAUGUAAAUGAAAGCUCAAAUAGAGUAAAAAUAGUUUUAUUAUGAUACAGAAUCACCGGAAGUUCCGGAGCUGCGCUGAAUGAGAGGCUGAAUGGAAAAUUAAAUUGAGACACAGCCCUGUAACUGGAGACUUUUAUUUUGUAAUACCAUAUAACGGGUAGUUCCGCCAGUACAUGAACUGAAUUAUAAACACUUUCAUUGUGUUUAUGUAAUAAAAUUAAAAUUGUUCCUGUAGUUAUUUACCAGGAGUGAAAGUGGAGAAGGUCUCAGGGUCACGGCUGGGUUACAAUUCAUCAGUCAUCAUCAUGGAAGUGGAACGGAGAGCGGUUUUGUGUUUCAGAGCUCUUCAGAAGUGGUUUUAAUGAAGCUCUUGGUGAUCACGGCUCCUCAGAUGAUCCACGUUCUGUCCCACCACGUUCCUCCUGCUGAUCGUCGUUAAAUCUGACCAACACUGGGGUGAAAAAGUUUCACACCCACAGCUGAAGAUGGGAGACGUUCUGUUUGCUUCAGAUAAUUCAGAAGUUUUACUGGAAACAGCAAAAUAAAAGGCAGUGCGAUGAGUACCUUGAGGUGCUAUUUCUCGAGACUCGUGCGUCUCUCUGUGCGCUGGUGCCCACUGAACCCCCAGCAGAGACAAAGCAGGCGGUAUUCCACAUUUCGAGACCUCUGGAAUUAUGGGAAAGUCAUCCUGAACUCCCUUUACUACAAUGUUCUCACCAACUGGGACACGGUGCUGGACUCUGUAUUUGAACCGGUGUACUGGCUGGUGGAUAACCUGACCCGCUGGUUUGGGGUGGUGUUCGUGAGUUUGGUGGUGGUUCUGACGGGUUCGGUGGUGCUGAUCGUUUAUCUCUGUGUGCUGCCCCUGAUCGUGAGAACCUACCCUACUCACUGGAUCCUCUGGCACCUCUGUUAUGGACACUGGAAUCUUCUGAUGGUGGUUUUUCACUAUUACAAAGCCUUCAGCACCUCACCAGGGUUUCCACCACAGGAACAGAGUUCGAUCUCUACAGUUACAGUCUGUAAGAAGUGCAUCGUUCCCAAACCAGCCAGGACUCACCACUGCAGCAUCUGUAACAGAUGUGUUCUGAAGAUGGACCAUCACUGUCCCUGGUUAAAUAACUGUGUUGGACAUUUUAAUCAUCGUUAUUUCUUCUCCUUCUGCCUCUACAUGACCAUGGGCUGCAUCUACUGCAGCAUCAGCUCCAAGGAAAUGUUCUUCCAGGCUUACAACGCCAUCGAGAGUUAUUAUCAGACUCCUCCGCCUGAUUUCACUUUUGAGGAGAGACUUUUUCAUAAGAGCCUCCUGUACUUGUGGGUUCUGACCAGUUCGGUGGCGUUGGCAUUAGCAGUUCUGACCACAUGGCACGCCAUGCUGAUCACCAGAGGAGAAACCAGUGUGGAGAGACACAUCAACCGCAGAGAGAGAAAACGCCUCAAACUCAUCGGCAAGGUCUUCAGGAAUCCGUAUCAUCACGGAAGAAUUAAUAACUGGAAAAUCCUGUUUGGUGUAGAAAAGUCCAGUCACUGGGUGACGCGGGUCCUGUUACCCUCUGGGCAUCUUCCUCAUGGUGAUGGAUUAAUGUGGCAGUGCCCUCCAUACAGGAACAAAGCUAUGGCAAUCUAAACAUAAAGAGAAACUCAGAGUUCAAACCAGCAGAGAUGCAGAUUAAAGAGGGAAACCAGUUCUGCACCACAGUAUGAACCGUCCACACUGCUCAUUUUUAUCAGGUUUAUUAUUUACAGCUGCAGUGUUUUGGGUGGUGCAGUGAUGUUUAUUUGGGCACUACAUUCAGUGCCAAUCAGUCCCUGUAAAAGACUUUUUAAAUAUUGUGAGCUGAAGGGAUGUUCUUGCCUCUAAUCGUGGAUAUUUUUAUGUGUUUUGUAAAUCUUGAUAGAUGUACAGGUGUUAGAAUAAUUAGAAUUGUGUAGAAAUUACAGAACUUUGACUGAAUUAAAUGGAAUAAUGAAUCAGCAGUUGGCAUUUAUGUUGUUUCAGAGUAAAAU